AUGGCGACUUUGUUUUUCUCCUUGGCUUCAUUUUACAAUCGGAAUUCAAUGUUGCACCAUCAUCUUCAUCGUCAUCAGCAACCGCAACUUCUAUUCGUUUCCCACUUGAAGUACCCGACGAAGAAGAAUGAUUUCGUCUGUUUCGCUUGUUCCACCAAACAAGCCAGAGUUCGUAAGAGAGUGAAGAGCAACGAGGAGCUUCGGAGUGAGAUUAUGAAUUUCGUUGCUUCGGCUGGGCUUCCUCAAGGUCACGUGCCCUCCAUGAAGGAACUCUGUGCACAUGAAAGAGUUGAUCUUGCCAACAUUGUCAGACGAAGAGGAUACAAGUUCAUCAGGGAGCUUCUUGCAAACUCUGAUAUGGAACACUGUAGUCAGGAUUCAAGUCCCGAGGCUGACGAAUGUGCAAGUGUGAGUAAAGAUGACUCUUCACUGGCUCAAGUUUCGAGCAUGGAGCUCAGUGAUAGAGCUGACAUUGAAUCCUCAUCUUCCGCAGCUUCGAUGUCUGAAAACCAUUCUCUGGUUUUAGAUGAUACUUCAAGCUUUUCAGAGAGAGAAUCUGAGAAUGUUUCUGUGACAAAGGAUAAGGAUGCCAAUGAUGUGGACCAGGAUUCCUCUCUUACCUAUGAUCAUUACACCAGUCAAGAUCUCAAUCUCACAAAACAUGUUGACAUUGCUACUGAAUCCUUGUCUGGUUCCGCCUCAGAGAACACCAUGGGAAAUGCAGAGGAUUUUCAGAAUCAGCUGAUUGAUGAUACGGCUGAAAUUCGUUGUGGUAGUGCUGACGAUAGUAUAGCUGAGUCUGAUGAUAAGGAUCGGAUGUUAGGACUUGCUUCGUCAAUGUCAAGCAUAGAAGAAAAAACAACCAGAUUUAUUCAGAAUGGAUACUUGGAUACAGUUGAUGAUUAUAUAAAUGAUACACCUGAUGAAAGCUGUCCUGAAGAAACUAAAGAAAGUGUAGAAACAACCAAAGGUGGUGGGUACAGUCAUGGUGUUCAGAGAACUGUGAGUACGGCGCCAAAUGGAAGUGCCGUAGCAUUUGAGGAGGCUACACAAGUUGGUAGCUCUAACAGGAAUAGUAAUCAGAUGGAUGGGAAUGCUGAAAUGGACAAGGAUUCACAUGAUGAGACCAUGAAACGGGAAAAUCAGGUUGAAAUUACUCGGCUGAGGUUCAUGCUGCGUCAAAAAGAGCUGGAGCUUUCAAGGUUAAAAGAGCAGAUUGAAAAGGAAAAGCUCUCUCUGUCGGUUCUUCAAAGAAAGGCUGAAACAGAGAUCCAAAAGGCCCAAAUGCUUGUCUCAGAGAAGGAUGUUGAAUUGCAAGAAGCUGAGGAGAGUCUCUCAGGAUUGCAAGAGGUUGAGAUUGAAUACUGUGGAGAUGGUAAUGUUGUGGAGGUGACUGGCAGCUUUAAUGGCUGGGAACACCGAGUGGGACUGGAGCUCGACGCAUCCAAGUUAACUGGGAAACAGAAAUGCUGGUCAACAUUACUGUGGUUAUAUCCUGGUACAUAUGAGAUAAAGUUCAUCGUGGACGAUCAAUGGAUAACGGAUCCUCAAAGAGAUUCGGUCACAAGAGGACACAUCACAAACAACAUUCUCAAAGUGGACAAAAGAUGA